AUGAGGAGUCUGCUUGUCUUGCCGUUGACCCUGGCGGCGUCCUUUGUUCGAAUCUCAUCGCUGCCCUGCUUCACUGAAGCCGCCGCUCCCAAUGACAGUCCAGGUGCUGCCUCUCCAUGGGAAAUUGGAGGAGACUUCGAUUACCGUCCCGUGCAAGUCAUCGCAGGCACGUUGCCAUUUAUUCUGAGAACCACGAUUAUUGAACCUCCGGAGGCGACGGUGGCUGCUGUGGCGAUCAAGAAAACCCUGAAGAGGGAGGCUGUGGCAAAAAAAAGGAAGCAAUGGUUUCAGGGCUUGAAAAACCUUAUUUUCCGCCUCCCAUUUCAAAAGUUGAGGAGGAAAUUAACUAGGCGACUGGAUGUGUACAAAGGCGCGCAAGACUCCUUUAAGGCGUUAAUGGGCCGCGGAGUGACGAGGGCUGCACUGGGAGGCUACUAUGGUUUCGGUGGCCUUUUGAGCGCUAUUGCCUUGCCUUUCCGUGCAAUCGCAUACACCGUGGCUAGCGGCUUCAGCGCCCUCGUCGACUCCCCUCAGCGGUUUCACAGCGUCCGGAUGGCAUUGCUGCGAACAGAGAAGGAAGAGGCACGAAGAUUUUUGAAUGCGGAGGCCAAGCAAACACAGCAAAGCCAGCGAGUGGUGAAUCUGAUCGAGAAACUGUCAACCGCGAUCCUCAUACAGGUGAUUCCGCCUGAAGAGUUGCGCAUUGACCUGAGCGUGACCGACCUGCAAUCUAUGCGGGAUCAAGUGUCCCAACUCUACCGACGGUUUAAGGAGGACGUGAAGCCAAACAAGAUUCUACGUGCCAUGUCACAAGGAGUGACAACCCCUUCCUUUUUGGGCCGCGUCCGGCAACGCUUCAGUUACCGACGGACCGUACUAAAGAAUGCAGAUGCGCAUCUGUUUACCGCAUUCGUGAACGCCGUGAACCAAGUGUCCCUUGUAACCGAUGAGAACACGCAAGGCUUAAACUCACGAACUGAAAGUGCAGCGGCACUGAUUGACCUGUUUUUCCAGUUGUGUGACCAAGAAGACAAGGGAAUGAUGCGAGCUACAGAGCUGUUUCUACGCGUGAAUCAGAAAUACCUUGAAGCGGAGUCAAUUGCUCAAAUCUCGUCCUCGCUGGCAUCUACCGUCAUUGCCCAACGCUACGAGAUUGUCGCCCUCCUGCAAAAAGUCAGCCAGCAGGCCGGUCAGAAAGACUUUGGACAGUCUCUCAUAGAUCAAGUGACAGAAGUGCUUGACAUCGCAGCGCCUGCCGAGGAGCAAUACCCUAACUUUUCGGCGCUUUUUUCCCGAGUCUGGAGACAGACUAUCAUGGAUUUGAUGCACCAUCCGCUCAAAGGCAAGUCCACCUUCAAUGUGUUGAGGAUGGCGUUGCGAAAGCUGUUGAGCCCCGCUGCCGUCCAUCGGGCCUGUCGUGGACCAAAGAAAUAUGUUGACGCUGCCAGUGCGCAAGCAGGCCACCCGGUUCCUCUUGACACGCGGCUUGAUUACUUCGUUUACAUUUACAAAGCUCCAGAACAAGACCCUGCACUCGAGCUGCAGAGGUGCGUUAACGCCGACAAUGUGUACAGGCUCGUGGGACAGAAAAACUUCUUCGUGCCUAACGACGAAAACCGAGACAACCAUCCCAAGUUCGAAAUUGGGGACUUCCGGCUUGUCAAAGGUUCAUUUCUCCUGUCGAAGGUCGAAGACCCCAAGACAGUCAAGAGGAGGCUGCUGGAUGUCGUAGGUGGCUAUCUGUACAACAUGCUCGACUCAGCGGCUCUGAAGAAAUUCGUCGGCGAAACCUUGUUGGAUAUGCAGUAUAUCCCACUCACGGCGAUUCCAGAGAAAACCAAGUUUUUUUGGAGGUGGCGGAGACAGUUGCAAACAGAGCUCGUGAUUGCUCCUUCCUGCGUGGUCGCCACACUGUCCUCGACGGCAGAUCCCAGAGAGAUCUUAAGCAGGCAAGAUAUGGCAGAAGAGGACUGGGCAGCAGUGUUUGAGCGAUGUGGCUAUACGCUGGCCGCCCCCUCGCGGUUCCAACGUAUCCUGCGCACUGAAAUGAGACGGGAUGUUGUGGGAGCACUGCAGCGCAUGCGGGUUAACACGGGCUCUUUCAGGGGCGUGCAACUGAUUCACGAAGCCUACUGGAACGCGCUCAAGCUUUACCUAGGCGGUGGUGACCCCCCCGUCCAAGCGGACGGCACGCGACAAGAGUUUUUCAGAGAGGACCCUACGUUCGCCUUCCUGAAUUCUGUUUUCGCCAAGAUUGUUGAAGAUUCUGGUAUACACGCCUUCUAUGAAGCCGCGGCGGAGUCGCAACCGGGAUCCGGGUCACCAGCAUUUCUCCCCUUGCAUAUCCAGCCCAUUAGCGCACCGUACCAGUACUCCCCAAGCAACGCUCUCGAAGCCUGGAGGCUGGCGAUGUGGGACCAAUUCGAAAAGUUGGUGGCUUCGUUUGGGCGACUUCGAGUUGUGGCCGACGACAGUCUCCGCGUCCGCGCCUGCAAAGCCUUGAAGGCAUUGCGCAGACGGGACCAGCAGGAUGGCGCCGUCGUCAAUGAAGUGCUGCGCUUCUUUGGUCUCCAGGGCCCGUCUCCACCUGUGAAUUCCCUUGUCUGCGCCGUCGCACCUGCAAACGCGAAGGCACAGCCAGGCAGAACCUUCGCAAGUGACGCUUUCUUUCUCCGGGGUGCAUCUCCUGACGGACGUCACCGAGACCCCAUGGCGCCGUUCCGCAUCUUCGUUGAACGCGCCCUCGUGCAGAUCGACGGAGGCGUUCAACUCCCGUUUGCCGCACGCUUUUUGGUCGACGGCAAUGCACAUUUGUUUCAGAUACACUCACUAGUUGCGCGGCCUAAUGUCGAGACAAUGCGGGACUACCAGGCUGAGAAGUUGCUGAAGUUGGCGAAAGCAGCGUCAAAAGACACCUUCGAGGCAAUUCUGGAGCGCAUGAAACCCAUCUUCACGGGAAUGUUCGACAUUGAGGUCGUUGGUUUGAGGCACAAAAACGGAUUCGAUUGCUUGCUUCUUGGAGGCCCAUGGGUGCAAACGGGGGUCUGGCGGGGAAAGAACUCGUAUGUUGCAGGUGUGGAGGAAAUCACUUUCGCACCAAAGUCUUCAGUAUCCUCCGAUGAGUGCAUUCCCGGGACGCGCGGCGGCCAGAGUUUUUCUGAGGCAGUGACCUCGGCUGUGCACCAAUGGGUUUCCCAAGGCUUUUCUAACAUCCUGUUCAAUGACGCCUUAGACGAGCAGGAGCUACAGAAUGUUGAGGGGGCAAGCCUUAUUAGUGACACGGAUGGCACUUUCCAGGAAUUAGGCGAUAAGGCCCAUACUGUCUUCGAGGACAUGCUUCGUAUCCAGAAAAACCCGGAACUCGUCAGGAGAGCUCGUCAUUUCAUGCAGAAGUAUUUUGCAGAUCCAUCAAAGCCCCCUCCCGUCGACACUACUCGGCUCCUCAUGUUCAAAGCCAUUGCCGCCGAAGGGAAGGACGACCUCGUUGACGGCUUUCAGUCCAGUACCCUGGUCCAGCUGAUCUGGAAGAACAAGGACGUGCCCACUGAAACCCCGACGGAGACUGAAGAUCCGAUGGAGCUUGCGUCGAAGUUCUCGCUGUUUGAAAGGAGCAUGGCUUCUCAGAUGUCCACCUCGCUGCCGCUGCGCUACACGUCCCCUUUCCCGCUCGCGACUGAACAACAAAUAAAGCGUCAAGGAGCUGCUCACCGAUUCUUCUACGCCCGUUUCGAGUCACUCCCGGGGACCAUCAUUUUCUUCACAACCAUCGGCUCCUUUGCCUGCUUGACUGGAGGGAUAACAGCGCCUCUCUGCGCAGGCAUUUUCUUCAAAUUUGCUCCCUUUUACAGUAGUCAGAUGAUCGGCGGGAUUGGCUUGUUGGUGGGUUCCGCCCUUUCACUGGUGAAAUUGUUUAAAUGGUAUAUCUACUCCACUGCUCAGCUUGCAGUUCAGCACAUGGUCUGGGGCGCCCUGCAGGUUGUUGUCGGGUCUGCCAGAAUGGGUCUCUUUGGGGGCAAGCCAUCUGAACAAACGCUCACAAGUCCAGAAACGGAGCAGCUGAGUGAACUAGAGCAGGUCAGCAUGCCAUUGCUCCCUGCGCCAGCUGCCAGGAGCGAAGCUUGGGAGAGCACGACCCCCGAUGUGCGCGUGGAAAUGAGCCAUGAACCUCUCGGGAGGGUGAGGCGCCCAGAUGACCUCGGAGGAUUUCCCGUCGAUUAG